AUGCCCAUCAUUGCAUUAGACAUUAAGCCUGCGGUUUUUCCUUCUGUAUCUUCGUUGCGCAUCUCCCCUUCAUCAAUGACAACCGUCCGCAAAUCCCUCCCAACACUCCGAACAUCCUACCGCCGUACACUCCAAACAGUCUCCGGAUUCAGAGUCCGCAUGCCCACCGUCUUCGUCCCUUACGUUCUCCUCCCAGAAACUCAAGGAACCCACGCACAACUCGACGAUGCAGAAAAAGAACGCGAGCGGAGAGAAGCAGGUAGUGCUGAGCGGACGGUGGUCCUUUGUGUGGAGAUUGAGAACUCUGGCGAGUCGGGUAUUGGCGCUGGCUUCGUGGUUGAAAAGGUGGAUGUGAAGAUUGGUGGGGAAGGUGCGAAGGCGACGCUUAUUGGCUGGGGAGAUGGUGGGUUUAGUUCGGAUGCGGCGAAGAAAACGUUCCCUCUGCGGAUUGGACCUCUGGCACAGUAUAACUUGCUCUAUGCCGUUUCGUUCUUGCGAUCUCCGGAGGAGAUGGACGCGUUUUCGUUCGCAAGAGCAGCUGGUGUGGGUGGGCCUCCUCAAUCUGACCUCCAACACGCAGUCACCAUCAACAUCUUUGGAAAACCCCACGUUCCACCUCGCCCAUCCACCUAUACAUCUCCCUUACUAUACCCUACCAACACAUCCUCCUCACGAUGGAACUACGUUCUCGACCUCGAAGCACACCAAGCCCAAGCCCUGGACGCCAUGGACGUCUCAGACCCCGCAGGAGGACACCUCUUCUUCCUGAAUGUUUGA